AUGGAUUGUGGUUUGUUUAUUGACGCAGAUAAACCAUACUUAGCCGCUAGCCCUGAUGGUUUAAUUGGCAAUACAGCUGUUUUGGAAAUUAAAUGUCCUUUUUCGAUCAAAGAUACGAAUGAAUUACAAACAGCGGUCGACAAUAAAAAGAUACCUUAUGUAACUAUUGUAGACGGGAAAAUGAAAUUAAAAAAAACUAGUUCAUACUAUUAUCAAGUACAGGGACAAUUAAAAAUAACAAAAAGGAAUGUAUGUUAUUUUGUUGUAUACUCCGAAAAAUGGAUUGAAUAUGACGUAAUCGAUUACGACGAAAGAUUUUGGUAUUCUAAAAUGGAUAUUCAGUUAGAGACAUUUUAUAAAGAAUGUCUUCUGCCAGAAUUGGUUGAACCACGUUUAGUUGUUAAUAAACGGAAAGAUGCUAAGAAAUGGGAAAAUGCAAAUUAUGCUGAAGUUAAAAAUAAUUUAAUAUUGAACAGUUGA